CUGGUUGGGUCUGCCCUUCGGUCCCUCCUAAUUCUGCCCCUCCUCUAGGGAAAGGGUGGGGACGUCGGUGUGGAAUCAAAGAUUGUGCCUGGCGACACGGGCCUCCCCGGGACUGGGGUCUCCCCGGCCCUGGUGGUAGGCAGGGGGGCCCGAAAGGGGCAAAAGGAAGGAGGGCCCCGGUGGGUGGGCAGGGGGCCCUGAAAUGGGUAAAAGGAAGCGUGACAGAGGGGCCAAGCGGGCCAGCGGCGAAGGUCGGAGCGGGAACGAGGCAGGAACCGGCAAAGAUUCACUCCGCGGGAGGCCGCGGGCGAGAGGAGGAGAGGCCGGGGCCAGGAUCGCGAGAGAAUCUGGAGCGCUCCGGUGACCUCGGACCAGAGCUCCCUUCCGGUUUGUGGAGAUGGGCCCCAGGCUUGGCCGACCAAGGAGUGUGUGGCUUUUCCGCCUCAAAACUACGGAAAGGGAGGGAUGGAGUAUGAACCGGAGCGGCGCUUACGGCCUCAGAGCUAGAUUCAGGGCAGUGUCCUGCUCCUGACCAUCUGUGCGGCUGGCAUUGGUGGGACUUUUCAAUUUGGCUACAACCUCUCCAUCAUCAGUGCCCCGACGUUGCCCAUCCAGGAAUUCAUCAAUGAGACAUGGCAGGUGCAUACUAGCCAGCCGCUGCCCGACCACCUAGUUCUGCUUGUGUGGUCCCUCAUCGUGUCUCUGUACCCCCUGGGGGGUCUCUUUGGAGCACUGCUUGCUGGGCCCCUGGCCAUCAUAUUGGGAAGGAAGAAGUCCCUCCUGGUGAAUAAUAUCUUUGUGGUGGCCACAGCGACCCUGUUUGGCUUCAGCCACAGACCAGGCUCCUUUGAGAUGGUCAUGCUGGGAAGGCUGCCCUUGGGAGUCAGUGCAGGUGUGAGCAUGAAUGUCCAGCCCAUGUACCUAGGGGAAAGCGUCCCCAAGGAGCUCCGAGGAGCUGUGGCCAUGACCUCAGUCAUCUUCACUGCCCUAGGGAUUGUGAUAGGCCAGGUGGUUGGACUCAGGGAACUCCUGGGGGACUCACAGGCCUGGCACCUGCUGCUGGCCAGCUGCCUAGUGCUUGGGGUGCUCCAGCUUGCCUUCCUCCCUCUGCUCCCUGAGAGCCCACGCUACCUCCUCAUUGACUGUGGAGACAUGGAGGCCUGCCUGGCAGCGCUGCAGCGGCUGCGGGGCACCACGGAGGUGGCGGAGGAGUUGGCUGAGCUGGAAGAGGAGCGUAUCUUCUGCCAGGGCCGGCGCGCCCUGCGCCCAUGGGAGUUGUUCCAGGAUCGCGGGCUGUGGAGACAGGUGACAAGCCUCAUGGUCCUGGGCAGUGCCUUGGAGCUUUGCGGAACCAACUCGGUGUAUGCCUACGCCUCCUCCAUGUUCCGGGAGGCCGGGAUCCCCGAGGGGAAAGUCCAGUAUGCUAUCGUGGGGACUGGGAGCUGCGAGCUGCUUGCGGCCUGUAUCAGUUGUGCAGUGAUCGAGAUGGUGGGCCGCCGGAAGCUGCUGAUAGCGGGGUAUGGUCUGAUGGCCUGCUGUGGAAGUAUCUUUACAGUGGCCCUGUGCCUGCAGAGCUCCCUCCCUUGGAUGCCCUACCUGGCCAUGUUCUGCGUCUUUGCCCUCAUCCUCAGCUUUGGCAUUGGCCCUGCCGGAGUGACAGGGAUUCUGGCCAUGGAGCUCUUUGACCAGAAGGCCCGCCCUGCUGCCUCUAUGGUCUGCGGGGUGCUCAUGUGGACCAUGCUCUUCCUGGUCGGGCUGGGGUUUCCCUUCAUCAUGGAAGGCUUGUGCCACUUUCUUUAUGUGCCUUUCCUGGGUGUUUGUGUCUGUGGGACCAUCUGUACUGGCUUCUUCCUCCCCAAGACCAAAGGCAAGACCUUCCUGGAGAUCUCUGAGGAACUUCACAGACUCAACUUCCCUAGGCAGAGCCAGGGCCCUGAGUGGCUGGGCCCGGAAGUCAUCCAGGCCACAGAGCUGUAGUUCUGUAGGUGUGGUGGGCCCCAGAUCCAGCGGCAGCUCUCUUCUUUGCUUCCUGCCCAGGGUCCCAGCCCUCUGCGUUCCCUCCUUCCUGCAUUCAUUUGUUUAAUGAGUGCCCAUGUAGCACCUACUGCAUGCAGGCUUGGUGCUAGGUGCUUAGCAAUCCGUGGUGAGCCAGAGAGAUGGGAUCAGGACCUACUGGUGCUCCCCAUCUAGAGGCAGUUAACUAACAGGCAACCAGUCAAAACAUUAUUGCAAACUUGGAGAAAUGCAGUAGGAGAAAAUACAGAUUAUGAAGUGAGUGCAUACUAGGGAGCCUGGCCUAUCUGAGGAGGGUGGUCAGAAAAGAAUUUUCUGGGGGUACUUGGCUGACUUGGUCAGUAGAGCAUGCAAUUCUUGAUUUUGGGGUUGGAAGUUUUGAGCCCCAUGUCAGGUGUAGAGAUUACUUAAAAAUAAAAUCUAAAAAAAAAAAUUUUUUUUUUCUGAGUAACUGAUUUUUUAUUUUUAAUUUUUUUUUAAUUUUUUUUUUAACGUUUAUUUAUUUUUGAGACAGAGAGAGACAGAGCAUGAACGGGGGAUGGUCAGAGAGAGAGGGAGAUGCAGAAUCCGAAACAGGCUCCAGGCUCUGAGCUGUCAGCACAGAGCCCGACGCGGGGCUCGAACCCACGGACCGUGAGAUCAUGACCUGAGCCGAAGUCAGACGCUUAACCGACGGAGCCACCCAGGUGCCCCGGAACUGAUUUUUUUUUUUAAAAAAAUCAAUGUUGACGGGGCACCUGGGUGGCUCCGUCGGUUAAGCAUCCGACUUCGGCUCAGGUCAUGAUCUCACAUUUUGUGGGUUCGAGCCUCGUGUCGGGCUCUGUGCUGACAGCUCAGAGCCUGGAGCCUGCUUCGGAUUCUGUGUCUCCCAGUCUCUCUGCCCUUCCCCCACUCAUGCUCUGUCUCUGUCUCUCAAAAAUGAAUACAUGUUAAAAAAAAAUCAACCUUGAGGUGUAAUUUACAUGCAGUAAAAUGAAUCUAUAUUGAGUAUACACUUAAUGAGUUUUGGCAGAUGUAUGUGCCCAAGAAACCACCACCACAAUCAAAGUAGAACAUUUACAUCAUCCCAAAGUCUCCCUCAUGCCCCUUUGCAACUAGUAAGCCAUCCCACCUGCAGGCCCAGGCCAUGAUAGGUCACAUUGCCUUUUUUGGAGUUUGAUAUAAUUCCACACCAUAUGUAUGCAUUUGUGUCCGGUUUUGCUCCAAAUAAAGUUUUGGGGAUUCACACAUGUUGUCACAUCAUUAGUAUAUAUUCUUUUGUGUUGCUGAGCAAUAUUCUACUGUAUGGAUGUAUCAUAAUUUGUUUACCAUUUACCUGUCAAUGGACAUUUUGGGUUGUUUUUGAUUCUUGGCCAUUCAUGAAUAAAACUUCUAUUAACAUUCCUGCACAA